ACACUCACUGUAGUGCUGCCGUUAACAAUCAUUAAUGUUUUGCUCCUUCUGGCCUCUCCACUCCUCGAUCUAUAACACUUCCUUUCUCUCUCUCUUCUCUUCACAAUUGUGAAGCCCUAGACUUCAAUUAUUAACUCCAGGAACAGAAUGAAAAGCAAGAUCGAGCAAGACGAUGAUCCCGAUCAAAACAAGAAGAUGUUUCAGCAUUCUCUGAAGCAGCAAUCGAAGGCUGAGAUUCACCCUCCACUCAAACGCUUACUCACUGAAACGAAUUUCGCUUCUUCAUCGACUCCGGUUGAAAAAAGAGACCGACCUGAGAAGAAGCACAGGAACUCUGAAAAUUAUCCUCGUCAUGACUGCAAAACUGAAGGAGAAUAUGAAAAGGAAGGGACAGGGAAAAAGUCAGAGAGUGAUCAAGAAAGUGAAUUGAAAGAAACUGGUUACGUGGCGUCUCGUAGUGAGUCAGAGGAUGAUGAUGACUUCAAUGAUAGUACUUAUGAUGACGACGAAGAGGAGCAGGAUAUUGAAGGGUCUGAAGACGAGGAAGAUGUAGUAGAACUUGGUAUGUUGCCGAACAGGCUUGCCAUUGUAGAAAUGGACUGGAGAAGUUUUAAGGCUGGUGACUUAUUUGGAAUAUUGAGCUCCUAUCUGCCAAAAGAUGGACGGAUUUUGUCUGUGGCAGUCCAUCCAACUGAGUUUGGAAUUCAGUGUAUGAAAGCGGAAAAAGUCUGUGGUCCUUUUGGCCUAGUUGAUGGUGAACGCAAGAACUCUGAUGGAGAAGCCGUUGAAUUAACUAAUGAAGAGAAAUUGCAUGCUUAUAAUAAAAGUACUCUAAGGUACAAUUAUGCUGUAGUAGAAUGUGAUUGCAGUACAACAGCAAACCUUCUUUAUAAAGCUUGUUAUGGACUUGAGUUUGAAGGAUCAGCAAUCAAGCUUAUUUUGAAAUUCAUUCCCGACAAUAUGGAGUUUCAAUAUCCACCCCUGGAUGUUGCAACAGAGGUUCCUGCAAACUAUAGGGGUUUAGAUUUUUAUACCAAAGCACCACAGGAGGACAGAAAUCUUGAUCUUUCUCUAGAUGACAAGUCACCAAUUCAAGCAAAGAAUUUUUCUCGAAAAUUUAUCGCUGAUCAGCUGGCUGAAUUGGAUCCCACUAAUCCUCUGCUCAAAAGAAGUCUUGUGUGUUGUAGGAGUGCAACAUAUGCUUUGCAAGUAUCACAAAGGCAACAAAAUGUUGAUCAAAGGGAACCUGUUGCUAAUGGGGUAAACAUUUCUGAUAUAAACCCUUCAAAGAUAGAAAAGUAUGACUUUUCUUCAAUUCUUAGGGUACUUCAGAUGAAGUCAAAGCAGUUUGAGAUUAUUUGUAAAUAUUUCAACUAGUGUAAUUACCUACUUAUAAGAAUAUAAAUAUAUCAAUGUAAGACUUGAUUGCUUUUAUUGUAUAUUACUGGAAGGACUGUAAUGCAUAUAUGUUUUGUUA